AUGGAGGCUACAAAUUUGGCACUAUCGCCAAGAGAGACCCUCAAACCUAGAGAACAUAAAUCUAUGCAUCUGAACGGUAAACCAAAUCAGGUUGGCACAGUACUCCUCUAUGGUGUACCUAUAGUGUCUCUAGUCAUUGAGGGGAAUGAAAGGCUCUGCCUAGCUCAAAUAUCGAACACACUACUAAAACAGUUCUCAUACAACGAGAUCCACAAUCGACGGGUCGCUUUGGGCAUCACUUGUGUUCAAUGUACACCGGUACAGUUGGAAAUAUUGAGGAGAGCUGGGGCUAUGCCCGUUUCGUCGAGGCGAUGUGGUAUGAUAACUCGCCGGGAAGCUGAACGUCUAUGUAAAUCAUUUCUCGGAGACAACGCACCCCCAAGGCUACCGGACGACUUUGCCUUUGCAGUACAUCAUGAGUGUGCUUGGGGAUGUCGGGGAGCGUUUUUACCAGCCAGGUAUAAUUCAUCUCGAGCAAAAUGCAUCAAGUGUGCAUACUGCGGUUUGUUCUUCUCUCCCAACAAGUUUAUAUUCCACUCGCAUCGGGUUGGACCCGGAGAUAAGUACAUCCAGCCCGAUGCAGCCAACUUCAAUUCCUGGAGACGACACAUGAAACUUAGUGGCACUCCUCCUGAAGAAGUGGUGCACGCUUGGGAAGAUGUAAAGGCCAUGUUCAACGGUGGAACCAGGAAGAGGAUGCUGUCGGCUGCUAGAAGAGUACCUAUUCGCAGGCCCGAGUCUGAGAGUAGUGGCGAGGCGAAGAGGCCUACGGCUAGUCCCCCCAGUGCCCACGCUCCCGUGCCGCGUCUUGCCGAUUAUGUGUGGGGGGCGAGAUUGCCCUUGCCCUACGCGUUACCUUGGCUCAAACCUACUUUGUGGACGCCCGGUGCAUUAACUGCUUUAAGCAGUGUAAACUCGAUAGAAGAGCCACGCGCUUUCCGACCCGUCAGGGGCCACCGACUGGAAUCACCACAAUUAUCACCUGUCAUGUCACCUCCAAGAUCUCCCAACAGGUCUCGAUCUCCUAUCACACCUUCACCUCGCCGUUCUCCACACACAAGAUCACCGCUUCGAUCACCACCUCCGUCAUCGCCCGCACGGUCACCGAGGAGUGAUAGGGAUAGUGAUGAGAGCGUUGACAUCGAGACCACUGAAGAAGAUCAGCCGAGAGAUAUGGCAUGUUCGUGGCCUUGCAGCACCGUACCGACGCCAAGGUCUGAGGACGGCUGCUGGAGCGGGUUGGUGCCCAAGGUGGAAAGGGACGACGAGUCCAGAGUAGAACCCUGGCGCCUGCCGGAUUUGCGGCCCUCGCUUCACUAUGUGCAUGAUCGUGAAAGAGACUGUGUUGGGUGCGUCGCUCCCCUGCCUUUGCUUCCGCAACCUGCCCCUGCGCCGCAUUAG